UCCCGCCUCGCCACCAAAAGUCCUACCCCCAAAAUCGCCUUCCUCUUCCUCACGAACUCCAAUCUCACCUUCGCCCCUCUCUGGGAUCGCUUCUUCCGCGGCCACUCCCACCUCUACAAAAUCUACGUCCACUCCGAUCCCUUCUCCGCCGUCCAAAAUUUCCCUCCUCCUUUCGAAUCGCACCUCAUCCCCAGCAAGAAGACAGAGCGGGCUUCCCCUUCCCUAAUCGCCGCCGAGCGGCGGUUCCUCGCCAAGGCGAUUCUCGACGACCCAUUCAAUCUCUAUUUCGCCCUAAUUUCCCAGCACUGCUUCCCUCUCCACUCGUUCCCCUUCCUCUACCGCUCGUUAUUAGGGGAUAACCCCCUCAGGGCUUUCACCUCGCAGCCUCGCCACCGGAGCUUCAUCGAGAUCCUCGCCGACGACCCCAACCUCCCCGAGCGGGUCGGGAGUGUUUUCCUCUGUUGA